UUAACAUUGUGUGUUUACCGUUCUCUGUCAGCUGUAACUUAACGCAACGCAAUAUGACUGAACGCAUCGACGCCGAGUUUGUGCUCGUCUAUUUCGAAGAGGAGAACAAGUACGAUGUUGUCGGCGACGUCUACAUAGAAGAGCUGUGCGAUUCGGCAGCGCCCUUAGCCGUAGGAGCCAUAGUCCACGUGCUGUGGCAGGACAGGGGCGCCUUCCCUGCUGUAGUAAUGGGCCUUUCCGCUGACAAGGACAAGCUCCUGAGGAAAAUGGAGAGAUUAAUAAAAAGAAAAAACAAGGCUCUUGUCGGUGCAGCUCAUGGAAAGACGGGCAACACAUCUGCAUUGCAGAAGAAAAGAGAUGAGGAACUGCUCUCGGAAAUCGGCGACGAGGCUGAGCUUCGGAAAGAAAAUCUCCGUCUAAACCAAGUUAUCGACCACCUCAAGGAGAAAUUGAGGGAAAAGGAGGAGUCCUUCGACAAGCUUCUAGAACUCGACAGCUGCCUGAAGUCUGCACGAAAACUACAGCGUCAUUUAAAAAUUCCACGAUGCACGUGUGGGGGCCGUCUUGUGGCGGAGGAAGCACCUGUGACUGGGCUGCCAGCUCAUUCCAAUGGACAAAGGCCCACAGGAGGGGAGCUUUUGCCUACCCUGAAUGUGCAGGCACCUCCUUCAAGGGACCCUGGCAAUGAAGGGGCCAUGAGCACACAGCUCAAGCACCAAUGGAGUGACACUGAUGUCAUCGAACUUGUGCCUGGUUCAGGCAUUUAUGUGCCAAAGGACACAACCUCAAGGCUCCAGCAGUCGAAAAGUGCGACAGCCACCGCCCGCACCCUUCUUUUGGACGUCUUCACUCUUCAAGCUCUCCUAACCUGCUCGUUGAAAGGCCGCCAGGCAAAGGGUUCUGGGAAGCCCGCCGAGCAACGACCCCCUCUCCUUUGGGCUGGCGUGAGCUGCAUCUUAGAGUACGUCAAGACAAAGGACGGCUGUCUGGACACAAAGGCCGUAAUGCAGUCGCUUGGCACGAAGCUGAGUGAGCUCCGGAGCGAGCACAGCAAGAAACGGGAGUAGUCUAGGUGGUCCACCACAAUAAAAGAUAUCAA